AUGGGUAUUUCUCGUGAUUCACGUCAUAAACGUUCCGCUACUGGUGCUAAGCGUGCACAGUUCAGAAAGAAGCGGAAGUUUGAGUCUGGUCGUCAAGGUGCCAACACUAAGAUUGGACCAAAGAGAAUCCACACUGUCAGAACCAGAGGUGGUAACAAAAAGUUUAGGGCUUUAAGAUUGGAGACAGGUAAUUUCUCUUGGGCAUCCGAGGGUGUCUCUAGAAAGACUAGAAUUGCUGGUGUUGUGUACCAUCCAUCAAGUAACGAACUUGUUAGAACCAACACUUUGACCAAGUCUGCUAUUGUACAAAUUGAUGGUACCCCCUUUAGACAAUGGUAUGAAGCCCAUUACGGUAAGGCUUUGGGUAAGCGAACACAAGCUGAAGUUGAUGAGGAGUCUGAGAAAUCCCCUGAAUUAUUAAAGGAACAGGCCUCCAGGGCUUCGGAAUCCGUUUUGGAGGAUGCCUUGAGCCACCAGUUCCUUUCUGGUAAACUUUACGCCUGUAUUUCUUCUAGACCGGGCCAGUCUGGUAGAUGCGACGGCUAUAUUUUGGAGGGCGAGGAACUAGCUUUUUACUUACGUAGAUUAACUGCUAAGAAAUAG